AUGGGGAACAACGUGCCGUCACGCCGAAUGAGUCGAGCGACGGUUCAUUUGGAGAAUAGUAAUGGAGUCGAGAAUAUGUCGUUUACCGAUGCGAUUCAUUUGUCACCCCACCAAGUCCAACUGCUCACCUCCACCUGGCCUCGUAUCAAAACCCAAUCCACUCUAUUCACUCAAGUCUUCAAAGUUCUUAUGCAACGCUCUCCAGUCUGUCGGGAAAUGUUCCAAAAGAUGUCGAUUGUCGGCGGAUUCAGCAGUAACUCAGUCUGUGAUCUUAAUUCUCACGCUAAACUUCUCUGUGAGCUUUUGGACACCCUCAUGACAGAUCUCCAUCAGCCAGCGAAGAUUGUUCUGGCAAAGUGCCAAGACGUCGGAGCGGCUCACGUGAACAUGAAUGAGAAAUGCUGUGGCGUUGUGUUCGAUCAACUCGGAGAAGCUUUCACAGAGCUCAUCACAAAAGUGGAGUGCGUCCGCUCGAAACGUGAAGCCGUUAAAAGUUGGAUGUGUGUGAUAUCCUAUAUGGCUGACAGUAUCAAGAGCGGAUAUAUGGAGGAGUGGGCGAAGAAGAGACGCAGCAAUAAUCAGCAACCAGUUGGGGCGUCGUGUGAGUUUUUGGGACAUGUGUUUUCCACGUGA